AGGUUCACAACCUUCUUAAUGACUCCAAAGGCUUCAAGGAAAUCAUAAAACAAAAGGAGCUGAACACACGAGAUCUCAUUUUGCCUUAACGCUUUGGCAGAUCUGUAAUAGAGGCAGUAUUAAAAGCAGUUAGAAGUAGAAAAACAAUGUCCAAGGUGAUUAUCAGAGAAAAUGGCAAAAGCUGCUGAGUUCCCAGGAAGGAAGCAGGACGGUGUCACUUAUGUCUCUUGGUGGCUGUAGCCAGGCUGGGUGGGAAGGGGGUUGUUGCUGAUAUGAUGGUAGAUAAGAUAGCACAGCUGCUGUGCUGCUGCCACCUCACACUCCAACUAAGGAGUCAUGCUUCAAAGCAGCACAUUCUAGAAAAAUGUGCAGUUGUGUUUGCCUUUUUGCAUGUCUGCUCCAUACUUGCUUCAUGGGUUUCACCUCUGACCCGUCUUUGAGGCUGUCUUGGUGCACAGGUUUUCAUUUAAAUGAAACCUGCACUGCUGAGGUAAUGCUGUAACUCUGGGACCUGAGGCUUCAACAGCAAGAGGGCAUGCCAUGAAAUUCAGAGUGAGAUUGUGAGACUUGGCCCACACUGCAGUGCUGGCCUGGGAAGGGGAAUGUUUGCUUUCAAAAAUCUCUUACUUGGUUAUGACAGGGCUGGAAAAACAGGUCGUGGUAGUUUUGUUUGUGCAGAAAUCUAGAAGACAGGUGCAACACAUUUUGCAAGAAGGCAAAUGGAAAAGUUAGGUAAUGAUCUGAUACUCUAAACCUUCUUCCCAGGCACUUAUUCUUCUGCAUUAUAGGAAAGGUUGAUUAAAAUACAUCUUUUCCCUUAUUAUGUCAGACAUUGUAAGUGCAGUUUCUGCGAACUGGAGUCAAAGUCAAAAAAUAUUUUUUUUCCAAACGGCAGCAUCUCAUCACAGGCAAGGACCACUGUCAUUAAGCUGCUGGUUUCUGCUCUAGGCCUUCUGUUGCACUAUCAGUAAAAAAUGGAUAUGUGAGGCAGUUUUCUGUGCAGAGCUUCUGCUUGCAAAGAGGUUUUUCCCCCACAGUUUGAGAAAUCUGUCUCAGCUUUUUGAAUACCAGUGCAGCAGUACCAGAAAAUUCCCUUGCAUUUUUUAUUACUCAGAGUAGCAAAACCUCACUGUAGGAAAAAAGACCUUUUUUCCCAAAAAAGCUUUGAUCUGACAUUUUUAGCUCUUCAAAAGUAUCACUCAGCUUCUUAGGUUUGAUUGAAAAAACCUGUGAAACAACUGACCAAGAGAUUUUCAUAAAAAUAUGGUGAAAUUUCAAGUUUGAUUUUUUUUUAACCUCCUCUGUAGUCCAGUUUGAUUUGUUAGUUAAAUCCUAAUGUGUGUCUUUGUCCCUUUUUAGUUGAUGUUGUUUUAUUCUUCUCAACAGGGACUCUUGAGAAUUAAAUGCAGUUUUGGAAGUUUUCCCAUGUUUAAAUCUGACCGAAUUGUCAAAAUGCCUGCUCCAGUGCCAGAACUGUGGCAAGAACAUCCAAGGAGAAAUCCUUGUCUGAAAAUUGUAUUAUCAUUCUCUUUGAGAUGGAUACAGAGUUUUCCAGGUCUGCAGACAAAGGGCUGCAGCUGUUCCUUCCAGCUCUGGCACUUCACAGAGGUCAGGUAAGAGGAAUGGGGUCCUCUGUCCAAGCACCUUUGCAGGAAUAACCUGAUCAUUGCUUCCAGGGCAUGUCAAACAUCUGCUCCACUCUGCUACAGCCCUGCUGACCUUGUGACUUCUAUGUGUGAUGAUGUUAUCUGGCAUGACCAGCACCUGCUUAUGUAAAAUUUGUGUUACUUGCUGGGUUUUGUCAGUUGCUAAUGGUGAUUUGGGUUUCAAGGGAAAUACCACAUUCUUAGAUACACUGUUCUAAGCUGCCCUUUGAAAAUGGCAAGAAAAAAUUAAUGCAUUGUUAUCCUUAUCAUGACACUUAUCUUGUCUCUUCUCACCUCCUGACUCUUUCAGUAUAUUUGGCCUUAAAGGACUCUGUAGGCAUCAGGUGAGAAUUCUGCUUCAUUAUUUAGCAGGAAUGUUGAGCUUUGCAAGUUUUUGCUAAGGACCUCAGGAAAAUUUAAUGUUGAUUUUAUAUUUUAUUAUGUUAUUUAAAGAGCAGUUUCUGAGUUGAAAUGACCCUGGCAUUAAGCCAGACAUGUAUUUAGAGCUAUCUAAAGUUUUUAUAUUAAUGAUAAAACCAUAUUGUGCAAUAGAUUCUAUGUGUAGCUGUUUUUAGCAUCCUCUUUUCUCAUGUAAGAGCUAAAUAAUUUCUGUUCACAAAUAACAUAAUAGCUAAACCUGCUUACAAUUUUGACUUUUCAAAGUCUUGCUGAAGGUGUCCAGCCCUGAGUCUGGCCACCUCUUGUUCGUCUGUGCAAGCCAAAGUUUAGGACAAGAAAAUUGUAAAAUGAGAGCUCAAGUGCCUUCACAACCCUGGGAUUUCUGUGCCUGGGUGUCCCGCAGACUCUGGGCAGGUGGGUUUGCUCUGGUGACUUUGCUCACCUCCCAGCAUAAGGUGGGCAGCACGUGUUGCCUUUGCAUGACGCUGCGUAUUUAUUCACAGCUCUGCGAGAUCGGCUGCAGUGCAUUUUCAUUCUGUGUAUUGUUCUCUGGGGCUGGUGAUGCCAUCCCAUUGUGCUGAGUUUUUAAGAGUGCGAGCAGCAGUGCUGAUGUGACUCCCUGGACGCCUACUUUCCACUGGCCUGGGAUAAAAUUGGGUGGUUCAUUCUCUGUGGGACGCAGGCGCGUGCAGGGAAGCAGGCGCUCCCAGGGCAAUGGGGUCAGUUUAGCUGGGACACUGCAAAGCUAUGCAGGAUUCACCCAGCUCUCUGGUGAUGGAUGGAUACUCCAGCAAUGUCCCAGCCUUCCUAACAAAACUCUGGACGCUGGUGGAAGACCCUGAAACAAACCAUCUCAUCUGCUGGAGUUCUAAUGGCACCAGCUUCCAUGUAUUCGACCAAGGCCGCUUUGCCAAAGAGGUGCUGCCCAAGUAUUUCAAGCACAACAACAUGGCCAGCUUUGUCCGGCAGCUGAACAUGUACGGCUUCAGGAAGGUGGUGAACAUCGAGCAGGGGGGGCUUGUCAAGCCUGAGCGGGACGACACUGAGUUCCAGCACCUCUGCUUCCUGCAGGGCCACGAGCACCUCCUGGAGCACAUCAAGAGGAAGGUGUCAGUAGUGAAAAGUGAGGAGACCAAGAUGCGCCAGGAGGAUCUCAGCAGGUUGCUAUACGAGGUACAGAUACUGAGAAGUCAGCAGGAGAACAUGGAGUGUCAAGUGCAGGACAUGAAGCAACAAAACGAAGUUCUUUGGAGGGAAGUUGUUUCUCUCCGGCAGAACCACUCACAGCAACAGAAAGUCAUCAACAAGCUGAUUCAGUUUCUGUUUGGCCAGCUCCAAUCAAGCCCCAGCAGCACUGGGAUAAAGAGGAAGCUACCUCUGAUGCUUGACAACGGGAUCUCGGCUCCACCAGUGUCCAAGUUCAGCCGGCAUUUGUCAGCAGAGCCCCUCCACGACCCCUAUUUCAUACAGUCGCCAUCAACAGAGCCUGCCUCUUGCUUAAACAGCCCUGCAAUCACUGGAGGACCCAUCAUAUCUGAUGUUACUGAAGCAUCACCAUCCAACAUCAUGAAUAUGCAAUCCCCUCCUGAAAAUGACAGGGAGAAGUGCCUCAUGCUGAUCAAGGAAGAGCCAGUGAGCCCUGGAGUGAAAGCCAGCACGGAGCCCGAGGUGCCCCUGCCCGGCUGCCGGGGCUGCUCCGAGCCGCCGGUGCUGCCGGUGGCCAUGGUCCAGUCUGUGCUGGAGGGCAAAGGCAGCUGCGGUGCCGCCCCGCCAGGGACCUCCCAGCCACCCGAGAGGAGAGGCAGGAGGGCACUGCUGGACAGAACAGAUAUUUCAGACCCGUUGGAGGGCAGUGACUGGAGCCUGGAGGGGCUGCAGCUGCUGCUGAGGAGCCAGCACAGCCAGUACAGCCUGGAGCCUGCCAGCCUCUUGGAUGUCUUUAAUCCCAAUUUAUCUCUGAGUGAGUGGAAUUUGACUGAAAUGGAAGCCAGUCUGUCCCCGAUGCAGCGACUCACAGUGGAUCUGGAGAAGAGUGCAACUGAGCUGCCCCCAAAAGCGUUCAACCCACCAUUCAACAACACCUGCCCAGGGAAAGAUGUCAUUCCUGAAAGUGCCCAGCAGUUCCUCCUCGACCGUCAGUCCAUCUUUGGGAACGACCUCAUCAGCUUGCCUGAAAAUUCAUCACUUUAUGUUCCUCCUGAAAAUAUAGCUUCCUACAUGUCCUCUGUGGGUGUCCAAGGGGAUAUCCCUCUAAACCUGAGUUCUUCAAUGGACAACAGCCAGUGAUUUAGCUUCCAAGAAACAAAAACUCCCUCCCACCCAUCCAAGCAUCCACAGCUUUGAAUGUAAAGAAACAAAACUGACUCAGAAAUCUGCAAGAG